CAGUCACGUGUAGUGUUCGUCACAGUAGUCGUUCGUAUCGUUCGUGCAUAUACUCGGCUCCCGAAGUGUUCGCUGCUCGGUAGAGGCAUUUAAUAUGGAUGCGACGAGUUGCAAAAUCGACAAACGCGUUUUCGAGACGGUUCUCCGGCGGGAAAUGUUGGACGACGCGAUAAACGUCGUGGACGUUAAGGAGCUGAAUCUAUCGAAGAAAGGACUGAACUUUUUUAGCGAACUGUUUCGAGUGUUCGUCAAGUACAGGUCGGGUUGCGGUAACGAGAAGUCGAUGGACGCGAUCGUUAAAUUGGAAUCGUCGGACGAGUACAACCGGGACAUGGCUCGUCGGCAAGAUAUGUUUCUGGUCGAGUUGAAAAUGAUGCGCGACGUUCUGCCGGAGAUAAAAAAGCUGGUCGGUCGUCCGAUAGGACCGUGGCUGUUGUACGGUUCCGAUGAUCCCGCGACGCUCGUUAUGGAGAAUCUAACAACGCGACAAUUCGUGAUGAAGUGUCGCCAGAAAGGUUUACCUUUCGAUCAUUGCCGUCAAGUUGUCCAACUACUCGCCAAACUCCACGCGGGAUCGAUCAAGCUUUACGAAAAGGAUCCCGAGAUCGUGGAAUCGUUUAGAAACGGCGGUGUCGUGUCCGCUAAAUGUCCGCCGAGUUACUUACGAUUGAUGGAGGUUAGCCUUUUGCGAAUAGGCAGAGAGAUGCUACAGUGGUCGGACGAGAAGUGUGUUCGCGCGGCGGCAAAAUUAAUUAAUCUGUCGAAAAGCGUCGGACGAAGGUGCGUGGAGGUGUACGAGUACGAUUCGAAUGAAUUCUGCGUGUUGAAUCACGGAGACUGUUGGAUCAAUAAUAUGAUGUUUAAAGAAAACGAGAAAGGCCAGCCCGUUGAUGUGCUUCUGCUAGACUAUCAAAUGGCUGUCUACGCCUCUCCGGUGAUCGAUCUGCUCUACUUUCUAAACAUUUGUCCAGAGUUAGACGUGAGAUACGACAACGACGAUUACUUUUUGGACGUUUAUUUGGGGACUUUGAGGGAAACCAUGGAAACGAUCGGUUGCAAAAGGAAACCGUUAACGAACCGACAACUCGAAGAAACGAUUCAUAAAAAGAGGAUAUACGCAGUUUUUGCCGGCAUCGUACUCUCUUUACGAAUGUUGGCAAACCCCGAGGACACGGAAACUUUCAGCGAGGCGUUGAAGGAUCGUUUGGGCGAGACUGAGAUGGACGUUUUUAAAAAUCCAGACGCGGCGAAGCUCGCGAAGAAAAUGAUUCCAGUGAUGGACGAACGAGGUUACCUCGAUUAAAUUCUUUCAGGACACUUUCGGCCGUACGGUACUCGUAAAGAAGGGUCCGUAUACACGGAUCUACGAAUCGAAGUGAAGACAACGCGGAAAGAUGUUCUCAUGUGACGUCACAAGAUGAUAUUUCUAGAAACUAUUUUAUUUCGUACCAAUAAUUUCGAUCAUUGCCGUCGAGUUGUCCAACUACUCGCCAAAAUCCACGCGGGAUCGAUCGCGCUUUACGAAAAGGUACGCUUUAUUUGCAGAACACAAGGACCGACCGCGGACAAGGGGAAGGGUGAGAGCGCCAAGAGCGACGUACGGACGUCGACGUCGCUUCGGCCGCGGCCUGGAAACGGAAAAGUGGACGCCUCGCGUUAUAACGACGUUCCGAUGCCAGCUUCUCGUUUCAGCACGGAGAAAAAAACCGAUAACGAGGCGAGCUAGCGACGGAGACAGUCAAAUAUCCACCGAGUUCGGUUCCUCGAGGUUCUACUUCUCUUCUACUACUGCUACUAGGAGAUUCAUCGAGUUUCUAUUUGUUUCUAUUAGUUUGUCCGGAAUGUUCGUGGCGAUUUUUGGUAGGUGGUACACACGUCUGUUUAUAUAGGAACGGUUGGAAAGAAUUAACACGUGUGCAUCCCUUGAAAGGUGGAAAAGUCGUAGAAAAUGGUACAUGUGUAAUUCGAAAAA